ACCCUACUUGUCCUCCUCGCCUGCCUGUCCCGAUUUCGAUCAUCUGUUUUUGGAAUAAAAUUUUUAUUUCUUAAAAAAAUAUUCCGAAAUGAGAAAAUGAAGUCUUUUUAUUUGACUAGUAAUUACAGGAAACUAUUAAAAACUCUAUCUCUGCGGAGAUACUGUUCUAAAAAUGAAGAUAAGAAGAAAAUUCAUAUCGAAAACAUACGUAACAUUGGUAUCCUGGCUCAUAUCGAUGCAGGGAAGACGACAACUACUGAAAGGAUGCUGUUCUACUCAGGUACAAUUCGGUCAAUGGGCGAAGUACAUCAUGGAAAUACAGUGACGGAUUACAUGGAGCAGGAGCGACAGAGGGGCAUCACAAUUACAUCUGCUGCGGUGUCAUUUCCAUGGCGCGGCAGCCAGAUCAACCUCAUCGACACUCCGGGACACAUCGACUUCACAAUGGAGGUGGAACAGAGCCUCGCUGUGUUGGACGGAGCUGUGGUUGUUCUGGAUGCUUCCGCUGGUGUAGAAGCGCAAACGCUAACGGUAUGGCGGCAAGCGGCCGGUUAUAAAGUACCGCGAUUGCUCUACCUCAACAAACUGGAUCGCGCCGACGCGGACGUGGGCGCGUGCGUGCGCGCCGUGCGCGAGAAACUGCACGCGGCGCCGCUGCUGCUGCACGCGCCGCUGCGCUACGACAACAGGCUAAUAGGACUUAUCGAUUUGAUCACGUUGGAAGAGAUAGUGUGGACUCAAGGCCGCGGGCAGAACUUCACGCGACGGAAGCUGACAGAGAAGGAAGACGGCUCCAAGUGGGAGACGAGUGUUGCCAGUCACAGAGAGCUCGUGGAUUGUCUGUCAUCUAUGGACGACAGGUUAGCGGAGACUGUCAUAAUGCAGGAGUCUUUGGAUGAUUUGGAAAGUAAGGAAAUUGAUGCAGCUAUAAGAAGGUGUACACUAUCCAUGUCGGCGUUCCCCAUUCUAUGCGGAAGCUCGUACAAAAACAUUGGUGUACAAACCCUAAUGGACGCAGUAGUGUCGUACCUACCGACACCGUUACAAUGCAAUAGGCUGUAUAACUGCUUCGAGAAAGAUCUGUCCGCUAGAGCCUUCAAAGUACAGCAUGAUGACCAGCGAGGAGUGCUGACGUUUUUGAGGUUAUACAGUGGUGAGAUCAACAGGAAUCAGAAGAUUUAUAAUCUAGGACGGGAGAAGACUGAGCAGACAGGGUCGCUAUACGUGGCUCUGGCAGACGAGUACAAGCCGGUGGAGACCGUAACGGCCGGCAACAUAGCUGUGGUCAGCUCACUCAAGGCAGCGAUGACUGGAGACCUGAUAACAUCAACCCAAUCGGCGGGAAACCGCGCCAAAAGCAAAUUGUCCUCAAUGGUGGCUGACAGAAGCAAAGUGGACGCGCUGAUGCUGCCCAGCGCAAAGCAGAGGCUACAGGCUUUAGAGUCUGAGCCUACUGAUGAAGAAUUGGCUGAAAUUCUUCUAGGAAUUGGCACAACGGUACCGGAGCCAGUAUUCGUGUGCUCCAUAGAGCCUCCAAGCGCGGCGUUCCAAUCGGCCCUCGAGACAGCCCUGACAGAACUGCAGAGGGAAGAUCCUAGUCUAAGAGUAUCAGUAGACACUGAUAGUGGACAAAUGGUACUGGCAGGUAUGGGCGAACUCCAUUUAGAAAUAAUAAAAGAACGAAUUAUCCGCGAGUACAAAAUCGAUGCGGAACUCGGUUCGUUGCAGAUAGCAUAUAGAGAAACGCUAAUAGGCAGCGCGAAGCGUUCUAUAUCCGUAGAUAGAAAGAUUGGCGGAGCUAGGCAGGUGGUCAAAGUUGUGAUGUCUGCUAAAAGUGUCAAAGGAGUUAGCCAGGAUAAAGUUUUGAAACUAGCUAAAACCCCAGACAGCGCGGCCAACCUGGCUCACCUCCACCCUCGAAGCCUGACAGCCGUCACGAGGGGCACGCGCUCCGCAUUGCAGCACGGACCGAAGCUAGGAUGCCCGAUGGUGGACACGCAAGUAACAUUGCACUGGUUUGAAGUGGGUCGCGGCACCUCGGACUCCGUGGUGGCAUCUGCCGUUGUCCAGUGUUUAAGAAAAGUGUUCCAAGAGGCAGAUUCAGUACUACUGGAGCCCGUGAUGUCAUUGGAAAUAGUAUGUCCUGAGAGUCACAGCGCGCGGGUGCUAGCCGAUCUGGCGAGGCGGCGCGCGGAUCUCCACCACGUGCAACUUAGGAACCAAAAUAAGGUAAUAGAAUGUUUAGCGCCACUGUCAGAGCUUUUGGGUUAUUCUUCAACUCUUCGCUCGCUCAGCUCAGGCCUCGCUACUUUCACCAUGGAGUUCCAUUCCAAUCGACAGAUGGCGCCACACGACGAGGAGAAGGCCAUACGGAACGUCACUGGAUUUUAAAACAGACAGAAAUAAAUCCGUAGACAGAGAAAACGAUACGAGAAAGAGAAACGCGUAUUAGAUAUAGAAGAGAAGAAACGGGACAGAGCGCUUAUAUCCUAUGUCCCUCAUCGUGGACGGUUUUAGAACGUCUAUCUUAACGUUUUGUGUAAGAUAUGCCUGAAAGUUAUACGAGAAUGUUGUAUUUCAUUUGGUUGUCUGUGGUUUUCUUUGUCUUUGGAGAAAUUAUAUUUUUAUUUAUUUUAAUGAUACUAUUGUAAAACUUGUAAAUAAAAGUUUUUUUCUUUAAGUUUA